AUGGGUGGAAGUCCUAUUUGUUCACAGAAAUCACCGAGUAUUCUUUUACUGAAACUACUUCUGAGUUCUGACAAGAACUUGGUAAGCAAGAUUGAGUGGAAAAAGGCAUUGAGUGGCAAGAACUCCAGGAGGGUGUUAAAAAUGUCACAAGAACAAACUAGUGGACUUAAUAUGGAUAAUCCUUUUUACCAACAAGCACUUGUUCAACAUUUGGAAAGAAUUGGUACACAAUUGAGCAACCUAGCUGACCGAAUUGAAAGAAUUGAGCAGAAUAGUGGGAAUGGUAGACAAAACAUAAAUGAAGGGCAGAACAGGGCUAGGGGAUCUAGAGUGAACAAUGCACCACCUACAGAUGAUUGGGGGGAUGAAAAUGAUGAUGAUUCUGAUGAAGAGGAUGACCAGCACUCUGCUGCACAUGAUGACCACUAUAGACCGAGAGGGAUGAGAGGUAAUAGGGGUGGAAGAGGUGGAGGCAGAAACUUGAGAAGAGGUAAUAUGGAGGAAGCAAGAGGGAGAGGGAGAGUGGAUGGUAACAUUAGUGGGAUCAAAAUGAAAAUUCCACCAUUCCAAGGCAAAGCCAAUCCGGAUGCAUAUUUGGAGUGGCAGAGGAAGGUGGAUCUCAUUUUUUAUUGUCACAAUUAUAGUGAGGAAAAGAAGGUGAAACUUGCAGUAGUUGAGUUUACAGAUUAUGCCAUAGUUUGGUGGGAUCAAUUGCUCACUAAAAGAAGGAGAAAUGGGAUGAGGGGUGUUGAAACUUGGGAUGAGAUGAAGCAAAUCAUGAGGGACAGAUUUGUACCUCAACAUUACUAUAGGGAGUUGCACCAAAGGUUGCAAGGGCUGGUGCAAGGAAACAAAAGUGUGGAAGAAUAUUUCAAGGAGAUGGAGAUGGCUAUGAUAAGAGCCAAUGUAGAGGAGGAUAGGGAAGCCACUAUGGCUAGGUUCGUAAAGGGACUGAAUCUUGAUAUUGCCAACAUAGUGGAGCUACAACACUAUGUAGAGCUUGAUGACAUGUUAAAUAUGGCAAUCAAGAUAGAAAAACAACUAAAGAAGAAGAAAGCAUUCAAGAUGGGUGUAGGUAUGAAUUCGAGCAACAAUGCUCCAUGGAAACCGAAUUGGAAGAAGGGCGAAACUUAUGAUUCCAAGGCUGUUUCUAAGGAAAAGAAAGAGGAGACUAGGGGUGGAGAAAAGCCUAGUGUGACUGAGAAAGGCAAGGGACAGAAUACCUCUAGUGGAAGAACUAGGGAUAUCCAAUGUUUUAGGUGCCUAGGGAAGGAACAUUAUGCAUCUCAAUGUCCUAACAAGAGGGUGAUGGUCAUGAGGCAGAAUGGGGAGAUCGAAUCAGAAGAUGAUGAUGUUGAUGAUGAUGAUGCUAGUGAGAGUAUGCCUCCUUUGGAGGAAGCUAGUGAUGUAGAGCAUGCCGUCGGAGGUAAUAUUCUGGUGGUUACGCAUGCACUAAGUGCACAAGCAAAGGAAGAAGAGGGAGAUGCACUACAAAGGGAAAAUAUUUUCCACACUAGAUGCUUGGUGAAUGGUAAAACUUGUAGCAUGAUUGUAGAUAGUGGUAGUUGUGUGAAUGUUGCCAGCACACUCAUGGUUGCGAAGCUUGGCAUGCGCACCAUCAAACAUCCUAGACCAUACAAGUUGCAAUGGCUGAAUGAAUGUGGGGAAAUUAAGGUGAACAAGCAAGUGAUGUUGGCUUUUUCUAUUGGAAGGUAUAAGGAUGAGGUGUUGUGUGAUGUGGUGCCAAUGCAUGCUGGACAUAUUUUGCUAGGGAGACCAUGGCAAUAUGAUAGGAAGGUAUUUGAGGAUGUCUUCCCUGAAGAAAUACGUAAUGUGCUACCACCCAUUAGAGGCAAAGAGCACCAAAUAGAUUUUGUGCCUGGAGCUGUAAUCCCAAAUAGGCCAGCCUAUAGGACCAAUCCGGAAGAGGCUAAGGAACUUCAAAGACAAGUGGAGGAGCUUCUAGCAAAAGGCCAUGUUAGGGAGAGCAUGAGCCCAUGUGCCGUACCUGUUCUUUUGGUGCCAAAAAAAGAUGGGAGCAUGCGAUUUGUGGUGAGUGGCAAGGGAAUUGAGGUUGAUGAGGACAAGGUAAGAGCCAUUAGAGAGUGGCCUACACCUAAGUCCGUGAGUGAUGUGAGGAGCUUCCAUGGGUUGGCUAGUUUUUAUAGGAGAUUUGUAAAGGACUUCAGUACCAUAGCCUCACCCUUGAAUGAAGUUGUAAAAAAGAAUGUGGGAUUCAAGUGGGGGGAAGAACAAGAGAAUGCAUUUAAUUCACUCAAGGAGAAAUUGUGUUCUGCAUCUUUACUUGCUUUACCUGAUUUUUCUAAAACUUUUGAGAUUGAAUGUGAUGCCUCUGGAGUGGGUAUUGGAGCUGUUUUGAAGCAGGAAAGGAGACCAAUUGCCUACUUCAGUGAGAAGCUAAGUGGGGCUACAUUGAACUACUCCACUUAUGACAAAGAGAUGUAUGCUCUGGUGCGUGCACUUGAGACUUGGCAACACUACUUGUGGCCGAAGGAGUUUGUCAUUCAUAGUGACCAUGGGUCACUCAAGUACUUAAAGGGGCAGAACAAGCUCAACAAGCGCCAUGCCAAGUGGAGUGAAUUCAUUGAAGGUUUCCCAUAUGUGAUUCAAUACAAGCAAGGCAAAGAGAAUGUGGUGGCUGAUGCACUUUCAAGGAGGCAUAAUGGUUUCUUGUUUAGGGAAAAUAAAUUAUGUGUGCCUAAAUGCUCAAUUAGAGAGUUGCUUGUUAAAGAAUCACAUGUUGGUGGUUUAAUGGGACAUUUUGGGGUUGCAAAGACCUUAGAAAUUUUAAAGGAACAUUUUUAUUGGCCACACAUGAAGAGGGAUGUAGAGAGAUUGUGUGCUAGAUGUGUGACUUGCAUGAAGGCAAAGUCCAAAGUAAGGCCGCAUGGUCAAUACAUGCCAUUGAGUGUUCCUAGUGAACCUUGGGUAGAUUUAUCCAUGGAUUUCAUUUUGGGUUUACCUAGGACAAAGAAAGGCCAUGAUAGUAUUUUUGUUGUUGCUGAUCGUUUUUCCAAGAUGGCUCAUUUCAUACCAUGUCACAAGACUGAUGAUGCAUCUUACAUUGCUUCUUUGUUCUUUAGGGAGAUAGUUAGAUUGCAUGGCAUUCCUAGAACAAUUGUUAGUGAUAGGGAUGUGAAAUUUAUAAGCCAUUUUUGGAAAGUCCUGUGGGGAAAAUUAGGAACCAAACUUUGUUUCUCCACCACUUGCCAUCCACAAACGGAUGGGCAAACAGAAGUUGUAAAUAGGACCAUGGGCACUCUUCUACGUGCAAUGAUUAAAAAAAACUUGAAAGCUUGGGAGGAGUGCAUACCAUUCAUAGAAUUUGCAUACAACAGGUCUAUGCAUUCAUCUACUGGUUAUUCACCAUUUGAACUUGUAUAUGGUUUUAACCCACUAACUCCUUUAGAUUUGUUGCCUUUGCCUCUUGUAUGGGUUCACUUGAGAAAGGAGAGGUUUGCUACACAAAGGAAAUCAAAACUUCAGCCUAGGAGUGAUGAACCUUUUGAAGUGCUAGAGAGAAUUAAUGACAAUGCAUACAAGAUAAACCUUCCAGAUGAUGACAAUUCGAGGACGAAUUCUUUCGAAGAGGGAGAGGAUGAUGAGGAACCGGUUGCACCAAUUCCACACCAAGGGCCAAUAACUAGAGCAAUGGCUAAGAAGCUUCAAGGCUUGGUGCAUAAGCACAUCACCAAGUCCAACCUCUUGCAAGUAUUCGGUUUGGACUUGGAAGAGGGAAGCCAACCUUGCUGUACAUUCCUUUGCAUAUUUGAGGAGCCAAGAGACCAAGUGGCAUCCGUCCAAGUUGGCAUACAUGUGGCAGCCACCUCAGCAAAUCCAUCCUAGUUGGCAUCCAAUGUGGCGUCCAUGUGGAGUGCCUAGGUGGCAGCACAAUUGGCAGCCCAUCUCCACCAACUUUUUGAAGAUGCUUUUGUCCAUUUUGCAAAGAUUGAAAGCCAUAACUUUGUCCAAGAGCUCCAGCCAUGCUUCAACUAUUUAUAGGAAAAGCAAAGUUACUACUUUCAACUUCAAGACAAAACAUCUCUUUUCAGA